CAGCUGAUCAGUACGAGAAAAUGGAGAGUGUACACGUAUUUCUGCGUGGAAUAUUUCCCUUCAACAUGUGUAUUUCGUCCAAAUUCUAAUCGAAAGUGUGAAAGGAUAUCUGUGAUGUCAUUGUAUCGAAAACUACCAUUAUCCCGUUGUAUUUAUCGUUAUUUUUUGUUGACUUGCAUUCUUCCCUCGAUUGUUAUUUUAUAUGUUUUAUUCCAUUUCAAGUUUUUCUGUCUCAGCGUACAUGCAAAACAGAAAGUAGAUCAAAUCUGUAAAUCCCUACACAAAAAGGAUUCAACAGGAAACCUAUGUUUACCCCUAUGCGUCAAAGAAGAAAUAAAUUCUGUAUCAUGUUACUCUUUCAAAAGCACCAAAAGGGUUAAGUUCAAAGCCGAAUGGAAAGGAACAGGUAUUAUCUUCAAAUCUCCAACACGAAUAACACCCUUCCAUUGGUAUGAAAAUGGAAAGAAAAUUUAUCCAAGCGAAAAACAGUUUCUAACAGCAUUGAGAGCAGUCGUGAAAAAUCAACUGAAUCUGAAUCUACCAGUGAAUACAAUCCUGAGAAUAAUGAAGAAAACCAUUCAUUCGAAAGACUCGGAUGUCUUAAAACAAGAAGAGAUUGAUGCAUUGUCUACUUUGGUCCAAGAUAAUGAAUUUCUCGUUCUAUCCUUUUUCCAUGGAAAUGACGUAUUCCCAAGAUUAAUUGGUACAUGUGGUUCUCAUUACGCCACAGAGUAUGUGGAGCCUUUGCAAGUAACGUCUUCCCUUAUGGCUCUAACUGACAAUGUGGAAGAAUGGAUUCAAAGAUUGCAAAUGGCAGCUCAAAUACUAGAGCUCUUGAAAAAACUUGAAACUGAUUUCCAAGAGCCUAUUCAUCUUUGUGAUAUUCAACUACAUCAUUUCGGAACCCACAAAGAGGACGAAAGUUUAAGAUAUAUGGAUCUUAGUAAAAUAUAUCCUAAAUCGAUCAUCAAUAGACUGUUUCGAAAUUUAACCUGUCAGAGCGACGAGGACUGUGAAUUUUAUGAUUGCCGAAGCAAGUGCAACAGAUUUUCCAAAACUUGUGCACAGGGUGUGACAAAUAAUAAUUUUCAAGUGACGUGUGAAAAGAUAUUUUUAGGCUGGAGACGAUCUAAUACUUUGAUAGUGCCAGGAUUGCUUCUAUCGGAGCACACACCUUCUGACCUGGCAGCAGUUCUUCGACAUUGUAGCAAUCCUGAAAACGGAACAGGAAAGCCAAGAAGAGCACCAGACGCUAAUUCCGUUAAAAGAAUGCACGAAUUGAUAGUUGAGAUCGAACAAACAUUUGUUAGUCGGAUAAUUCCAUGAAUUAUUUUCAAAAUAAAGUUUUUGUAUUUC